UCUGACAGUAUAAUGACCAUGUUUCAGACACACCCCCUCACACUAUAAAGGUCCAGAAGCUGUGAGAGGUCACAGAUUUGGGCAUCCAACCACCAGCAAGAGAUUUCGGAGAUUUCAGAUUUUGUGAUUUUCUUGGCAGCCAGUGCGGUAUGGAGAUUAUGUACGGAGCCAUUCUGCUGUUGUUGACUGUGCCUUUGAGUGCUGCCACACCACUGAGACCCCCUCACAGAUGGACCCACAGGGCAACCGCGGACGUUGUCCUCCCCGGGGACAGCCUCCGGGCUUCAGGGCUGGAAAAGACAGAGGACACGCAGGAGCAGCAUGCUCAAUCCCCAAAGAUCAUCCCUUUUCAUUCAGAAGACAAACAUCCAAACCUGGAGACACUGAGACACAGCAUGGCAGUGAGGCGGCGUCAGCGGCGUGCAGCCCAGCGUGGAUGCCAGCUGGGGACAUGCCAGCUUCACAACCUGGCCAACACUUUAUACCACAUCAGGAAAAAGAAUGGAACGGAUGAGUCAAAAAAUGUCAAGGACCCGCAUGGAUUCGGCCGAUAGGGCCAAGAGGAAGGACGGGAUUAUAAGGACUGAGAGGGGCCGUUCCUCUAUGUAUUUACAAAACCUAAUCCUGUAAAUGUUCUGAAUGACUGGUACUUCUUAUGGAUAUAUGCUCAUUAACCACAUGCAAUGGGGCUAAGUUAAUACUGUGUGAAAUGUUUAAUCAAAUAUGUUUUUAAAACACAAAUUCCUCAAUAUUUAAAUGGAUUGUUCAAUAAAUAUUUAAUAAGAACAAC